UCCGCCCCAGCCCCGGGGCCCCGCUCCCGCCCCGCCUGGACCCUCUCGCUGCUCCGGGGCCGGUCCCGCUCGGGGCGGGGGGGGGGGGAGCUGCAGCACCACCCAUGGGCGGGCCCGGAAGUGCAGUGGGAGGAGCCGCUGGUGUGGUCACGUGAGGGAGCAGCAUGGCGGCGUGCGGACCGUGACCGGAGCCCGCUGCCCGCCGGUGUGAUGGUGACGGAGGAGGAGGUGGCGGCCGUGGGCCGGGCGCUGGUGGACGCGGUGCAGCCGCUGCCCGCCCGGUUCCGGGCCCUCUUCACCCUGCGCAGUCUGGGCGGCCCCGCGGCCGUGGCCUGGAUCGGCCGCGCCUUCGGGGACGGCUCCGCGCUGCUGAAGCACGAGCUGGCCUAUUGCCUGGGGCAGAUGCAGGAGGAAGCGGCCAUCCCGGUGCUCGUCCGUGUGCUGGAGGACACGAGCCAGGAGCCCAUGGUCAGGCAUGAGGCCGGUGAAGCCCUGGGUGCUAUUGGGAAUCCCGAUGUGCUGGAUAUCCUGAAACGCUAUUCAGAGGAUCCCGUGGUUGAGGUGGCCGAGACGUGUCAGUUGGCAGUGAGGAGACUGGAGUGGCUGCAGGAGAACAAGCACGAUCCAGGCACCAGCCCCUACCGCUCUGUGGAUCCCGCUCCCCCUGCGGAGGAGACGGAUGUCACCAAACUCCGUGAGACCCUCCUGGACGAGUCCCAGCCGCUGUUCGACCGCUACAGAGCCAUGUUUGCCCUGCGGAACGUGGGGGGCCGCGCUGCUGUGCUGGCGCUGGCGGAUGGACUGCGCUGCAGCAGCGCCCUGUUCCGCCACGAGAUCGGGUAUGUGCUGGGCCAGAUGCAGGACGAGGCCUGUGUCCCGCAGCUGACGGCCGCGCUGCGCAGCCCCACCGAGAGCCCCAUGGUGCGCCACGAGUGCGCGGAGGCGCUGGGCUCCAUCGCGCACCCCUCCUGCCUGCAGACCCUGCGCGCCUUCGCCUGCGACGCGGAGCGCGUGGUGCGCGAGAGCUGUGAGGUGGCGCUGGACAUGUUCGAGUACCAGAACGGGGACCAGUUCCAGUAUGCUGAUGGGCUCUGCAGGCUGGAGGCGUCGGCCUGAGCCCCGGCGUUGCUGCUUUCCCCCCACCCCAGCAGCGCUGUCAUGGCCUCUUCCAUAGACAUGGAUCCGUGCCUUGCUGUGGCAGAGGUGGAGGAGGAACUGGAUUCGCUCUCUGGCACAAUUACAGCUGCAUUCUCCCUCCAAA